GAGUCUCUCAGGGCCAAGGGGGCGGCGGCAUCAGCAUUGAUCACCGACACAGCAGCGCACGAGCUGCUUUGACCUUGGCUAAUUGCUCAUCUAAUUGCAAUUUUCCGUUCAUGGGCUCCUCUUCUCCCUUUGGAUAGCACAGACAGCCGCUCGACACAAGCCCAGGAAGACCGACUUCACCAUCGCGUGCUCACCACCCUGGGCCGCGCACAAUGCCGAGAACACGAUCGACCAAGACCGGGCCGGCGGACUCGAAAGAGCCUGUCACGCCAGUUUCCUCUUCCAAAUUUGCCCUCACGUCCAGCACAGGACCCCCGCCCAAGCUCUUCAUCCUCCCGAAGCGAGCUACACCGGAAGCCCGCAUCGUCACGCUCCCCAAUCCAAGACACGGCCAGCCGGCUCGCUACCUCGUCUGCCCCGACACCGGCAUUUACGAGUUUACCAAGAUUGCCUCUCCCAGCCAUACGCCUCGGAGCUGGCUCGUCGAGACUCACGACGGCUCUACGGAAACGAAAACGGGAGACGCCACGGAUAUCAAGGCCCAGGUCAUGAUGGGGGCGGAGCUGUACAUUGCCACGAGCAUUGACCCAGUCUUCCUCGUCCUGCCAGCCCUCGUCGACUCGCAAGUCGCUAAGGGCUCGGACGAGAAGAAGCGCCUGUUUCUGUCGAGCGAUGACCACUUUGACAAGCUUCCGGAGGAAUCAUCUCACCUAUCGGAGAUCCUGAGAUGGGAGAAGACGAGGGGACUUAUCGAGCGUCGGAUGGCUGCCAUAUGCGAUACAGUCGAAGCCGGAGACGAGAGCAUGUUCCGCCUGAACGAAGACAAGCUGUUGGCGACCGUGCUCGGCAAGGCCCAGAAGAUGAGCGCCGCGGGUCUGCCCGCGAGCAUGGCAGACAAGUUUGUCAAGCGGCCGCUCGAGGCCCCGGUCAUACUGCAGAAGCGAAGCCCGCCAGCCAGCGGUGGCCAAAAGGAGACCAGUGACUCCCAGGUAUCGACGCCCCAGACAGACUCGGCGACCUCGCAGUCUACCGUCACGACAACCGACUCGGCCAUGUCCUUUACUUCGCAAGCCUCGACCGCCGCCACGUCAUUCACGGCAGACGGGCUAGCGACGGACACUAUCAUGAACACGGUUGAGGCUUCCACCGAGGUCGUCACGCUGCAGAGUCUCCGAGUGGCCUUUGACUUCAUCUGCUCCAAUUACGUCGCGCCGGUGACCGCCGAGCUGCUAUGUCAGCGGCUACAGUCGGGCGAAUCCGUCGACUUUGCUCCCCUGGACAAGUACCUCGCCAAGGUCGCCGAGCUUCGAGCCGAGGCUUUUGCCUCGCGGGCUACGACGGACUUUUCGCGCAAGCGCGCCUUCGACGAAGAGGAAGAGGAAGCGCGACAGGACAAGAAGCGGAAGCUGGAGGAGGAGAAGAAGCGCAAGGCCAACGAAAGUCGCGGCGUCAGGGAUCUCAAAAAGGUCAAUACGAGCGGGAUGAAGAAGCUGAGCCACUUUUUCAAGGCAAAAUAAAGGCUCCUGUUAUGAUUGGGUAUCUUUGCGGACAAAACGGCGAAACGAGAGGCGACUGGCCGUCAGGCCGUCAUCUCGCGGCUCUAGAGCGCCCCCUGGUUGUGCCGAGUCCUCUGCCUGUGCCCGAGGUGCCGCGAGUACUCGAUGCCGUCCCAAAUCUGUUAUUAUCCGACAAGUGGGACGCAGUGCCGCCUCGCGAACUGACUCGCCCGCGGCUCGUCAUCCGGGUGCGCGACGCGCCGCGUGUGCCACGAGACGGCGUCGGGGCGCCGAGCCUGCGCCUUUCCUCUUCCUCCUCCCGGCGUCGGCGGAGAUCUUCGCGCCUUUGCUCCUCCUCGGCGGCCCUGCGCUCGGCAGCCCGCUGCCUCUCGAGCGCCUCCGCCUCCUGCUCGGCGAGGUCUUCCGUCGCGCCUUUCCAGCCGGGAUGGAGGACAAGGCGUUGGUUGUGCUCGGUCUGCGAGAGGAUGCGCGUCCAGGUGUUAAGAAGGGUCGAGGCGUUGGAGACGGUAUUUGAGACGACCUGCACCACAGGUUAGAGCUGGGACGGACGACGGGUUUAUGUUUAACGCACCUCCAUGUUCCCGUCCGUGCGGCCGAGGGUAGCCAGGAUGCCCUCGAUGGACUCGUUGAUCUUGCGUACACCCUCUAGUUCCUUUUGCAGGGCGGCUUCGCGGUCGACCUGCCUGUCUUGGGCCGUCGGGGUCUUGGGAGUCUUGGGAGUCUUGGGAGUCCUAGGCGUCUUUGGGCGCGGCUCGGGGGCGGCAUGGUCUGGCGACGCCCAAAUGUCGGACUCGGUAUAUUCUGUGUCGUCGGCCAUGGUUUCUGCGGCGCGGGACGGAAGGUGAAGUUGUUGGAUAGACGUUGAGGUGAGACGAUGACGAUGUGGCAGAAGUAACGACGAGCAGACUGGAUGACGUUUGCAGCCGUUGUUGGGGUAGUGUUAAGAACAAG